AUGAAGAUUCUCUACAUUGGCAUCCUAAAGAACGAACAGAAGCCGGCCGUCGAGCUGUGCGCCGAACGCGACCUGAGCAGUUACUCUCGCUUCACCCGCUCCAGCGUCGGCGAGUUCAUGUCCCUCUUCACCAAGACGGUCGCCGAACGCACAAAGCCCGGCCAACGACAGGACGUCGAGGAACAAUCCUACACCUUCCACGCCUACGGCCGCAGCGAGGGUGUCGCCGCCAUCAUCAUCUCCGACCAGGAAUACCCCGCCCUCGUCGCCCAUCAGCUGCUCUCCAAGAUCCUCGACGAGUUCCUCUCACGCUACCCGCGCACCGCCUUUGCCAACUCCAACGCCGAGCUGCCUUUUCCUCCUCUCAAAGAGUACAUUGUCAAGUACCAGGACCCUCACGCCGCCGACAGCAUCAUGAAGAUCCAGAAGGAGUUGGACGAGACCAAGAUCGUCCUGCACAAGACUAUCGAGAGCGUGCUUGAGCGCGGUGAGAAGAUCGACAACCUCGUCGCAAAGAGCGAUGGCCUCAGUGCUCAGAGCAAGAUGUUCUACACCCAGGCGAAGAAGCAAAACUCCUGCUGCAUCGUCAUGUAG